UAUUUCAAAAUGAGGGUUGGUGUCUUCUAGAGUUUGAUUUUCAUGAUGAAAACGACACCAUCUAUGUCUGGACCAUCAAAAAAUAAACUGUGCAAGUUGUGGCAGUGGAUGCCUCUUGAGCUUGACCAUUACUUUAUUGUUUUCCCUUUCUCAUCUGUCAUCACUCGUUUGGUACAAGCCACAAGGCGCGAAUCUUCCUUCAAUUUGCCUAACAAAUGUAUAUAUAUAUAUAUAUAUAUAAGUGAUUAGAUUCGCUGCAGCAUCUGUGGGGCUUCAAUUGUGAUCCGAGCAUGAAGAGGCAGAGUAGAAGGGGAAAGCGGUCUGAGCCGUUCUGGCCCUCCAUUAUGAUGAAAAAAUGGCUGAAUAUCAAGCCAAAGGUUUAUGAUUUCAGUGAAGAUGAAGUGGACACAGAGAGUGAAGAUGAUGCUUGCUCUUGUAAAGAUGAAUCUACUAUGCUUGAUGAUCAUGACGACUCGACGAGGGGAUUUCAAUCUGCUUGCUCAACCAAAACUACAUCAGGUAAACCUCCAACUGGAAUAUCAUUGAAACACAGGAGGGGAAAAUCAGAAACUCUGCGACUUCAGUAUAUAAAUACAAAAGAUGUGAGAGUAAGUAUAGGUACUUGGAAUGUUGCUGGAAGAAUUCCAGAUGCUGAUCUUGAUAUUGACGAAUGGCUGUGUAUGCAAGAGCCAGCUGAUAUAUACAUAUUCGGCUUCCAGGAAGUGGUUCCCUUGAGUGCAGGCAACGUUCUUGUUGCAGAAUGCAGAAGGCCGAUCUCCAAAUGGGAGGCUAUCAUCCGCAGAACAUUGAAUAAGUCAGCAGAACCCGGAAGCAAACACAAAAGCUACAGCGCACCGCCCUCUCCUGUUUUCAGGACUUCCUCUGCUUCUGAUACAUUGGCUGAUGAGGCAGAUACUCCUGCACUCGACAUAUUUCCCGAUAAUUCUGGAGGCGCCACUAUGGACAGUGACUCGAAGAUCAGUAGGAAGAAUAUCUGGGACAACAGAUUGGACUGGCCAGAGCAAUCACUUGAUGCUACAUCUCAUCAAGGUAUAUCGUCUAGGUCCCUACGAAGAGUGCUGAGCAGCUCAGCAAGAAUAGGCUGGACGAGUAAUGGUCUUACCUCCAGCCCUCAAAAUUUCCCACGAUUAAAGAGGAUGCACAGAAGCUUUGGAAAUCUACAGACGAUCCACAUGGAUCAACAUGGUGAGCUCGAUGAAGCUGUGGAUUAUCUGUCUGAGGAGUUGGAUGAAAUUCCUGGAGAGGAAGAAGAUUGUUUCGCGGAUAUGUCAGAUUUCAGAAAUGAGGAUGCAGUGUCAACCACUCCAAGAAAGUCGCAGCCAGUGUAUGUACGGAUCGUGAGUAAACAGAUGGUCGGAAUAUAUGUGUCGGUGUGGGUGCGCAGAAAGCUGAGGCGACACAUAAACCACUUGAAGGUCUCUCCAGUUGGAGUGGGGCUUAUGGGUUAUAUGGGCAACAAGGGAUCUGUUUCCAUAAGCAUGUCGCUCUUUCAUAGUCGUCUAUGCUUUGUCUGCUCUCAUCUAACCUCGGGCGAAAAAAUUGGGGCCGAGCAAAGGCGCAACGCUGAUGUUCUUGAAAUCAUAAGGCGGACUCAUUUCUCAACCCUCUUUGACAUUGAUCAGCCUCAGACAAUCCCCUCUCACGACAAGAUAUUCUGGUUUGGAGAUUUGAAUUAUCGGAUCAAUAUGUCGGAUUCAGAAGUGAGAGAGCUUGUCGAGAGGAAGCAGUGGGCUGUGCUUCUCAACAACGAUCAGUUAAGCCGGGAACUGAGAAAUGGACAUGUGUUUGAUGGGUGGAAAGAAGGGAUGAUCAACUUUGCUCCAACUUAUAAGUAUGAAAUCAACACAGAUAGAUACGUUGGUCAAAAUCCUAAAGGAGAAAAGAAAAGAUCCCCAGCAUGGUGUGACAGGAUACUAUGGUUUGGUAAAGGGAUUAAGCAGCUGUAUUACAAGAGAUCAGAGAUGAGGAUUUCAGAUCAUCGACCAGUGAGUUCUUCAUUCUUAGUGGAAGUUGAGAUAUUUGAUCAACGGAAGCUCAAAAAGGCACUAAACUUUUCAAGUGCUGUGGUACAUCCUGAGUUUUUGUAAACCAAACUCAAUAAUUUUUAACUUGAGAUACAAAUUCAUAAUCAGAUUAUUAGUGUUUUGAUAUGUGUGUCAUUUGGAUCUCUAGUCGAAUCAAGUGUAAGAAAGGAACAGCCUUUUUAAGAAUAUUACUACUAUGUAAUUACAAUUUUUUCCAA